UACCGGUCUCGUGCCCAUCCAGCAGCCAACCAUAGAGACCAGAGGCAGAGAAUCGAAAGGUCAAAAGAUCAGCGGCCAAGUACAUUCUUCCCCUUCUUUGUUACCUUAUUAAUACCAUCCCGAUCCUAACUAAAACCAAUUCGAAAGCCGAACCGGCCCCGCUCGUCAGCACCGCAAUCUUCCCCUCCUUCGCCCGCUCUCUUAUCGCUAUCGCAUGGGAGACUCUCGGAGUUCGGCAUUCGUAAACCCUCAUCUGCAAUCAUAACAUCACAUCGCAAUUGCUAUCGCGACCUUUGUUUGGCUCCACGGCUCGUCUCUGAGCCCAUAUCCCCGAUUCACCAUGGCUGAGAACCCUAGUCCAGAUGAGCGGGUAGCCAUUGAUGACCUGACCCCAGAGGAGGCCAAUCGAAUCAUACAUUCCCAUCGCAAGGUUCGCUACGGUACUGCAUGUUGGCCUUGUCGCCAGAGAAAAGUCAAGUGCGACAAUAAACAACCUUGUGAAAACUGCGUCAAGAGAGAACACCCAAGACUAUGUUCCUAUAAGCCCAACCGCUCAUCAACCUCAAAGCCAUCAGGCUCUGGUGCACCUUCAGAAGCAAGUCAAGGCAUCGCCAAUCGCAAGAGGACACUUUCAUUCUCAGAGGCUCCUCGCGACGAAGGAGUGCGCAAGGUUGAGCGACAGGACAGUUGGCCGCGCGCCCUUGCAAGCAUCGAUGAACCUGAAGUUGCAGCAGACCGCUACCUUGGGCAGAACAGUAUUCCAGCACUACUGCGCGAGCAGUCUUCACCAGUUCACAAAGGCGAAGGUCUUGACAUUCGACAAGACAUGAGGUCCAUUCUCGGCUUGGACACAUCAGCGCCUUUCCCGCUGAUGUCGUCGCAUCACCUUCAGAAAUUGACACAGGAUAUAUCCACCGAAUUACCUUCCGACCGCGAGGUUAUGAAGCUGUUCCGCACAUACAAGGAAAUACCUCAGCCGUUUUGGGGAUUCGUUAUGGACAUUGAUGACCUCGAGGCCAAGCUCAUGACUUACCUGGAAGAUCGUUCACGAAAUGCGACAAACGGCAUCAAGUCCACCAAACCCGUCACAGCAUCAUGGCUAGCAAUACUCUUCGCCGUACUAGCCGUCGGAUCACAGUACCACGAAUCGCCAUACCAUAUCCGCACCCGAGACUCUCAGCGCUUUAUUCAGAUAUCAUUUCACUUCCUCCGACUGGGCAACUUUCUUCUUCGACCCUCUUUUGACUCCAUCCAAGCUCUUCUUUUAACGUGUUUCGUUCUUCUGAAUGACAUGAAGGCUGAAGCAUCAUGGGCGCUGAUGGGAUUGACCUGUCGUCUUGCCCAGUCGCUCGGUCUACACCGAACACCGCGUAAUGAAAGCCGCGAUUGUACACCCCCAAACACCCAAUCGAAAGAAAUGGUGCGAAGAAGAUUAUGGUGGAGCGUUGUAUGGCACGACACCUUGACGUCGCUUUCUUUUGACAGAUCUCCAAUGACCAACUUCCCCUGCUGUCCGAUCCCCGUCAUGGCGCCGACACCAAACGGAAACUACUCAUACCUCGAAACAAUGUACCAUCUCAUGGAAAUCAUUUCUCGUCGACUAAACCCCGACGACAUGAUGAGUGCAUCAUACGCUCAAAUCAUCGACGACUGCGAAGCCGUAGAGACCCUUCGAAGCCGCACCGCACCACAAUUGCGAAACAAAGAAAUCUGCAAGACAGCCCUCGACCGUCUGCAACACUUUGCAAUCCGCCUCCACACAUCAUUUGUCAUCUCCGUCGCAUGUCGUCCGGCACUCCGAAAAGACAGCGAAUUUGAACCUGAGCAACGAAAGACGCUAGCAGAUCGCUGCAAAGACAACCUAACCGAAACCGUCAGGAUGUUCCUCGCCAUGCACCAGCUCUCCUCCAUCCCAACGCGAAGCUGGGCCUUCACGUAUCACGGCCUAUCAUCAGCUCUGCUCCUCGGCAUACUAUGUGAGACAAAGACAGAUCCAGAGGUUCGGCAGUUACAAGGGGAUCUGAUCGCUGCUCUCUCUGCCACUGCUGCCAAGGACGUUAGCUCCCCUGAGCCGCAUGUCAUGACCACCGACAAGGACAUUGAACUGUCCGGGCCUCUGUACCGCGCCCUCACGGCCCUCAAGAACAUUUACGACCAUGGCUCUAUUGUCCCGUCGCAUCUCAAGAAAGAAGGCGACGCCUCUGCCGCCGGCAGCGGGAGCCGGACGCCCCUUAACCCUUUUGGAAACCCAGGUCAACUUCCCGGAAAUGGCAAUUCAAUGUUUCGCAACGUUUCCCAAAGCGCGGACCCCAGGGAGGACGCAGCGCUCGCUAUGGCUGAGAUGCAAAACGGAGGAGCUUCAAUCCAAGACUUUCCAGGUCUUGCGUACGGUCAGCAGAUGCCAAACGGAAACCUGAAUCUCGACAGCAUGAACGCCAUGAACGUCGAUCCUACACAAUACAUGGCUCCCAUGGACCUCUACGAAUCUAUCUGGGGUGAAUCGCCAGACCCGUGGAACACGGGAAUGGACUCGUUGAACUUUGACUUCCUAGCCCAGCCACCGCCAGGCCAGCCCCAGCAGCAGUUUUACUUUUGAACAUAACCAGUCCUGUUAUGUGGUAUUAUCUACCGGGUGAUGAACGUGUCAGAAGGUGAAAUAUGAGAUAUUUUGAUCAGAUUGAGAUUGUACGUUAUCAUGUAAUGGCGUCAAAGGGGGAGGGUUAACGUUUUGACUUUUUUUAAUUUGAGUUGUAAAAAACACAACUGAGCGAUAAAAUCAGGGCAUUUCAUACAUAAUAUUCAAAGUCGUUACUCUUUUUUCCGGUGUGCUCUUCUUUAAACCCCCCAAAAACCGAGGUCAGCCAAGCCUCAUCCGGAGCUGUGAACCCUUUCCGUUCCGUUACGGGGAAGGGGGAGGCGGAAAAAAUACAAAUCGUCAGAGCUCUCUUUGAUCGUUCAAAACGGACCCACGGAAAGGGGGAACGUUCAGAUCGCCGCGGGAGCCAAAAGAACCGGAGGUUACACAGACCCCGAGGGGGAAUGCUAAACCGUCUCGGCGGUGACAUCUCCGGGCGACCAAUCAAUGUCUUCAUCAUCCGAUUGCAGUGCCUGAGGGGGGAAAGGGUUGAUAUAAGCUUUUCGUGUUAUUUCUCCUUCGGGCAAAGGGGCUUUUCUUUCUCGACGGCCCUGCGUCUCGACACAACGGUCCCUUGCCCGGAAUAGGGGAGAAAGCGAAUAAGGAAUCGCCAAGACUGAGCUGUUCAGGUCUAUUUCUUGCGACGGGACGAGGUGGCGACGAUCUUCUUCUUUAGAUGCUUGGGCAUCUUCUCCUUGCGCUUCUCGCGCUUAGCUUCCUUGACGGCUUGUUUAUGGGCCUGGAGAGUUAUUGGUCAGUCAAGUUCCUCGAGGAGAAUGGGUGUUGAGAUACAAACCUUCUUCUCAUCCUUGUCCUCGAAGCGACGGCCGCGGGGAGGACCCUUUUCGAAGUUGGCCUCGUCGUUUGAGUCGCCUGAGAGAGAUGCCCCUUCAUCAGAGUCGGAUGUGGAAGCUUGUUCCUCUUCGCCAUCUUCACCAUCCUUCUUGGGAGCGAUAACCUGGUCUGCCAGUAGAUUACUGUAGACAAGGUCGUUACCUUCACCUUGUGUCACCUUCUGAGCAUCCUUCUCAAUAUCGUAGACCUGCUCUAAUGUCUGAGGAAUGUACUGGUUUCUGAACACCUCAUUGUCAACCUCGAUCUGAGCAGCCUGGUCUUCACUUGUAUCAGCGCGAGUCUCGUACAGAGUCUCGAUCGCCUUGGUCAUUUCUGGCUCCUCCACAGGACCCUCAGGGGUAGUGAUGAAGUUGAAGAUAGCGCGGUCAGCAAGCGUAUCAACACCCUUGCGCCUAAAAAAGUCACCCACAUUCUUGAUAUCCAUGCGCAGGAACUCAAGAGAGCGAGGAUGAUCAGGCUCCACACUUUGCGAGACGUCGAUGAUGUACAGCUUCUCCUUGUGGUAGAGAAUGUUGUACUCGCUCAGAUCGGCGUGGACAAGACGGCAGACCUGAUAAAUUCGGCGCAUGAUGCCAAGUAGCUGGACAUAAAGCUUAUACCACUGCUGAUCGACAUCGUCGCCCGUCAGAGUAGCGUCACGGAGGCGAGGAUACGCCCAGCCCUUGCGGUCGCCGAGGAAGCCCAUGACGAGAACGUGAAGCUUGAGGCUGAUGGGCUCCGGGCAGGGAAUACCAGCUGUGUAGAUCCUUCGCAAGUUGCGGAAUUCCUUCUCCGCCCAAAGUUUAACCAUCUUUCUGUUGUUUCCCUUGUCAAAGCCACCCUUGAAACGGUGCUCACCGGUGAUGUAACGCUCUCUGUCCUUGAAGCUGAGAAUGGCUGUCUUGUAGACCUUGAUAGCUCUUUGGGUAGCUUCGCCGGUUUGAUCAUCGUGGAGGACGGCGCCGUAGACGUUGGCUUCUUUGCCGGUACUGAUAGCACCGUGGACUUCGCUAACAAAGCCACGGUUGAUCAUCUGGAGAAGAAUCAUGCGGGUGCGCUGGUCGAGGACUUGUUCGCUGGUGGCGCGGUCGGCCUUGUCCUUGUCUUUCUCGACAUCUUGUUUGACAGUGUCAAGACGAAGCUUGGCGGCGUGCUUUGAGAGGGCGGAUACUUGGUCGUCGACGCUGGCAAAGGUGUUCGCAGUAGGUUUCUGCUGAUUCGAGCGAGGAGCAGCGGCGCCGUCGGCAUUGCGCUGACGGUUGUAAGACUUGGUCAAGUCGCCCGCAUCAGCAGACCACUCAUUAUCGUCGAAAUCUUCCUCAAAAAUAUCGUCAAAGUCGUUAUCGUCUUCUUGCUCGAGAACAGCACCGUCGUCUUUUUGGGUCUGUAGUUCGCGGGGUAUUUCUUCUGUCUGUUCGUAGCCCUGGUUUGCUGUGUAUUGGUAGGGAGGCUCGUGAGGAGCAGCAGGUCCUGCCGCGGGAUCCAUGUUGAAUAAUUUGCAAUGGGAUUUAGCGAGAUUGCAAAAUAUGUCGGUUAUGUUGGCGAAAACAAAUUCGAUGAAGGCGUUGUGGAAUUUUUGUGCAACCUUGUUACCGCGGGGUUCAAAAAAACGUUAUCUUAUCAGUGGAUGUGUCUACCAGGGUUCACUCUAACGUUCUAAGAUAAUUCUCAGAAGAUUUGAGAACUGUAAUUGAAUUAUAUAUAUAGAAAAAUUCACCUA